AUGGCUGCCAGUGAGUCGUCGAGAUUGCUGGCCAGGUCGCUGCCACGCGUCUUUGCACCAUCUUCUGGCCUUCAGAGCUUCUGCUUGCGGCGCAAUGCCUCGACUCAGGCAGCGUCGAAGCCUACAUCAGACCCCGUCAUUGAUCUUGAGUCGGCGAGUUCUCUGAGUGCUAGCGUGCCAGAAGAUAUUAUCAAGUCUUUCGAUCCGAUUUCGAAGUCAAGAGCGCGCAAGACCCAGUUGCCGCGGAGUCGUUAUCAAUUCCGGUCACCCAAAUACGAUCGUGGCCCUCUCCAUCCUCAUAGACCUCCUCCUCCAUCUGACCCCUCGUCUCGUCUCUUUGUGCCGGGCCCCUUCUCGCUUCCCCGUGUAACACAAACAUGGGAGUCGACUAUCGCUCCGGAUAUUCUCACUCUUUGUUAUGUUCACACCCCUCCGGGCUUCACACCACCAACGAAAGCGCCUCGUCUCCGUGAGUGGGACGACAGCUCCCCCUAUCACAAGAAUCGACCACUGCGUGGACCCCGUGGUGGUGAUGUUCUACGGUUGCUGCGCAAACCCAUCACCUUCAACAACAUCCCCAAGCUAGACCGGAUCACCAUCCACAGCUAUGUCAAGCAAGCUGCUACGGAAAAUUCCUCGUGGCUCCAUGUCGCCGGUAUGGCGGUCCAGGCCAUCUCGAACGUCCGUGUUCAGACAUACAAAUCGAAGGCCAGUGUAGCUACGUGGGGUAUCGCACCCGGCAGAGAUACAGUUGCAGUGAAGGCGGAACUGCGUGGCGAGGAUAUGCUUCACUUCUUCGGCAAGUUGAUCGACGUCGUCCUGCCUAGAAUCAAGGACUGGGAUGGUGUCAAGGGCACCAGUGGUGACAGCAGCGGAAACAUCACCUUUGGUUUGGAGCCGGAAAGCGUGGCUCUUUUCCCCGAAAUUGAGGUUAACUACGAUAUGUACCCGCCGAAGAUGAUUCCCGGUACUCACAUCACCAUUCACACCACUGCCAAAACCGAUAAGGAUGCCCGUCUUCUCCUCAGCGCCAUGGGCGUGCCAUUCUACGGUAAGAUGGUGGACUAG